UUCUCAUUUGCAGAGAAUUGUUUGCGAUACUUGGUGUAGGCGGGGCUCUAGAGUUAUAUAAUCUCAAGGCAGAACGGCUGAGAGUUUAGAGUGAGAUUGACUGCACAAUAUACCAGGGAAUCAGGCACGUGGAAACAUGUCUGGAAAACCCAGGCUGCACUACUUCAAUGGACGUGGUCGCAUGGAACCAAUUCGGUGGCUCCUGGCAGCAGCUGGGGUUGAGUUUGAAGAAUCUUUCUUGGAAAAAAAGGAGGAUCUGACAAAGUUGCAGAAGGAUGGAUCCCUGCUCUUUCAGCAAGUGCCAAUGGUAGAGAUCGACGGGAUGAAGCUGGUGCAGACCAGAGCCAUUGCCAACUACAUAGCGACCAAGUACAACCUCUACGGGAAGGACAUGAAGGAGAGAGCCCUAAUCGAUAUGUACGUGGAAGGAAUGUUCGAUCUGAAUGAGUUACUAAUGAAAUAUGGCUACCUACCAGCAGACAAAAAGGAGGAACAUUUUGCAAACAUGAUGGACAAGGCUGAAAACAGAUACUUCCCAGUCUUUGAGAAGGUUUUGAAAGACCAUGGAAAAGACUUUCUGGUUGGCAACCAGCUGAGCAGGGCAGAUGUUCAAUUACUUGAAAUCAUUUUAAUGGCAGAGGAGUGCAAACCUGAUACACUUGCCAAAUUUCCUGUCUUGCAGAGUUUCAAAGCAAGAAUAAGCAAUAUCCCCACAAUAAAGAAAUUCCUGCAGCCUGGCAGCCAGAGGAAACCGCUAAUACGAGAGGAAGAGGUACCCAAAGUGAUCAAGAUUUUCUACUGAGUCUAAAGCUGCAGAAACUAUAUUCAUUAUGUUGCUGACAGUGGGAAAAUAAUGAAAACACUGAAAACCAAUCUUGAUCCUACCAGCAAAGGCAAUAGUUCACUAAAUAGGGGGUAUAUUGGACAACACAGAAUGCUUUAAAUAACUAAAGAGAAUACCUGAAAUAAAUUCUUACUAUUGAUACUCAAAA